AUGAGCCGCUCGCCGGUGUCCUCCGAGAUCCACCACAUCGUGUCCUCCGCCUUCGCCAGCCCCGAGCAGGAGGCGCCGGGCCCCGGCUCGCCCCGCUUCGCCGAGGAGGACGAGAAGGACCUGAACAAGGCGCUGGGCGUGGAGCGCUUCGAGGAGAUCCUGAGCGACGCGCACCCGCGCAGCGUCGAGGACGCCGGCCGCAGCUACGGCGAGGAGGACUUCGAGUACCAUCGCCAGUCGUCUCACCACAUCCACCACCCGCUGUCCACCCACCUGCCCCCCGACGCCCGCCGCAAGAAGGGCGCGCAGAAGAAGGGCAAGAAGAAGCGGCACCGAGCGGCCGCCCCCGGCGAGACCCCCACCAUCGAGGAGGCGGAGGAGGAUGAGGACGAGGCGGGCGACACCGAGACCGAGCGCUCAGCGGAGGAUCUCCUGCAGGGCAGCCCUGCGGAGGCCGUGCAGGGGUGA